UGUCAUACUUCAUAAACUCUUAUUUAUAAACCCUUAUUUAUACCUUGCAACCAAAAACCCUUAUUUUUUUCCGAAUAUUUAUAAACAAUUGAAUGAUUACCAUAGAUUCUGUUUGUAAAGAAUUUUAGGUCUGUUUGAUGUCAAGUGCAUCUAAAUGAGGUCUCUUAUAGAUGGGCUUAAAUCCUACGCCCACAAAGUAAAAUCUGGUUUUACACUGUCCAUCUUUACCACUAACCAACUCAUUCAUCUCUGCUCUAAAUAUGGUCUAAUCCGAGAAGCUCAGAAUCUGUUUGAAGAAAUGUCAGAACGAAACGUGUUUACCUGGAAUGCCAUUAUAAACGCUCAAGUAAAGGCCCAAAACUUUGUCCGUGCACGAGAACUUUUUGAUGCUGCUCCUCAGAAAGAUUCUGUGACAUACAAUUCAAUGCUCUCCGGUUAUGUAAACUGCAAUGGACAUGAAAAUCAAGCUGUUGAAGUAUUUGUUGCAAUGCAGUAUGACAGUGGUAAAGCUCGAAUAGAUGAGUUUACUCUAACUUCGAUGCUUGGUUUGACAGUAAAGUUGGGUGUCUUGGCUUAUGGAAAGCAGCUGCAUUCAUAUAUGUUAAAGACUGGUAAUGAUAUUAGUUCGUUUGCAGUUAGUUCUCUCAUUGAUAUGUAUUCAAAAUGUGGGUCUUUUCAAGAUGCAUGGAGGGUGUUUAGUGUAUGUGAUUGUCAAGCAGUGGACUUGGUUUCAAAGAAUGCACUGGUGGCAGCCUGUCUCAGAGAAGGCCAACUGGAGAUUGCUCAGAAAAUCUUUUGGAGCAACCCGGAAUUAAAUGAUGCAAUUUCUUGGAAUACAAUGAUUUCGGGUUAUGCUCAUAAUGGCUAUGAGAAGGAAGCAAUCCAAUUGUUCAAGCUAAUGGCAGAGGAGGGUCUUUCAUGGAAUGAGCAUAGUUACGCUAGUGUUUUGAGUGCUUGUGCCAGUCUCAAGAAUUUGAAACUUGGGAAGGAGGUUCAUGCUUGGGUUUUGAAGAAAGGAGCAGUUUUGAAUCCAUUUAUAAGUAGUGGCAUAGUUGAUGUGUAUUGCAAGUGCGGUAAUAUGAAAUAUGCUGAGUCUGUUCAUGAAACUAUUGAGGGGCAGAACCCUUUUUCUGUCACGUCGUUGAUAGUGGGAUAUUCAGCAGAGGCUAACAUGUUAGCAGCUAGAAGGCUCUUUGAUUCUUUGGCUGAGAAGAAUCCUGUGGUAUGGACAGCCAUAAUGUCUGGUUAUCUGAAAUCUCAGCAAUGCGAGGAAGUUUUUCAGCUUUUUAAGGAACUCAGGGAAAAGGGUGUUAGAGUAGUUCCUGAUGUUCUAAUUCUUGUCAGCCUGCUUGGUGCUUGUGCAAUGCAUGCAACUUUAGAUCCUGGAAAGCAAACACAUGCUUACUUGUUGAGAACAGGAACUAUGAUGGACGAGAAACUAGCAAAUGCUUUGGUUGAUAUGUAUUCAAAAUGUGGAAGUAUAUCGUAUGCAGAAAGUAUAUUUCAACAGUUUGAAAGCAAAGAUUCCAUCUUGUACAACACGAUGAUAGCUGGUUAUGCUCACCAUGGUUAUGAAAAUGAAACCCUUCUGCUUUUCAGAGAAAUGAAGGAUAGAGGAUUUCAACCGGAUGCAGUGACCUUUCUUGCCAUUCUCUCUAUGUGUCGCCACAGGGGCCUAAUAAAAAUUGGGGAAGAGUUUUUCUAUUCAAUGACGAAAGACUACAACAUCUCUCCUGAUAUUGACCACUAUUCCUGUAUGAUUGAUUUGUAUGGAAGGGGUAAUCAACUUGAAAAGGCAGUAGACAUUAUGGAAAACAUUCCCAGCGAACCAGAUGCAGUAGUUUUGGGUGCAUUUGUGAAUGCUUGCAAGAUGAACGGGAAUGCAGAACUUGCAAAAACAGCAGAGGAGGCGCUAUUGCGGAUUGAAGGGGAGAAUGGGGCUAGAUACGUGCAGUUGGCUAGUAUAUAUGCCUCAGACGGGAAGUGGAGUGAGAUGGGGAGGAUCAUGAAGAUGAUGAGAGGGAAGGACGUCAAGAAACUUGUUGGUUGUAGUUGGGUACAUGUAGGAAACAAAGUUCAUACAUUUACCUCUGCUGAUAGAUCUCACUCGGAAAAGGAGGCCAUAUAUUUUACCUUAGGGUGUUUGAUCCAAGAAUUAAAUGAUGUACCUUCAACCUUAUUACUUGAAUGAAGAACCUUCAAGCAAUCUAGGAUCUCAUCACUAUGCCAGGCUAGUUAUCUAGGCAAAUUGACAGAAUCCAAUGCCUGUAGGGAAAUUAUGCGAUAUCCUUUUUUGCUUCAAGUAUUCAAUAUUAUGAACAGUGGAUUGUCAACGUAUAUUGUUGUUUCGUUCAGGCGUCUAAUAAGUUUGUCUCUACUCAAGUCCUGCUUGUAGCCACAGGCUGUCCAUAUAUCCUCCCUAUGGCUGCAUAUAAUGCUGAACUUUGC